GGGUGGGAGCCGCUGGACUGUCCCAUCCGAUCCCGGAGCGCGCAGGAGACGGCGGGGACCCUUGAGAGCGCCGGGACUCCGCGCCCGGUCCUCUGAGCGGCGCAGCGGACGGGAGCCCACAGCCGGCCGGCGCCGCUGCCCGUCUGGUCCCUGGAGCAGUGACCAAGAUGUCCGUGCCGAACGUGCUGGCCAAGGCCCUCUACGACAACGUGGCCGAGUCCCCGGAUGAGCUGUCCUUCCGCAAGGGCGACAUCAUGACGGUGCUGGAGCGGGACACACAGGGCCUGGACGGCUGGUGGCUCUGCUCGCUGCAUGGGCGCCAGGGCAUUGUGCCCGGGAACCGCCUCAAGGUCCUGGUGGGCGCGCACGGCAAGAAGCCCGCAGGGCCCGGCCCGGGCCCGCCCGCCCCCUCGGCCCCGCCCCAGCCUGGCCUCCACAACCCAGCUGCCCAGUACACUCCCAUGCUGCCUGUCACUUACCCACCCCAGCCUGACAGUGUCUACCUGGUACCUACCCCGAGCAAGACCCAGCAGGGCCUCUACCAAGCCCCUGGGCCCAGCGCACAGUUUCAGUCUCCCCCCGCCAAGCAGACGUCCACGUUCUCAAAGCAGAUGCCCCAUCUCCCGUUCCCCAGUCCAGCCUCAGACCUUUACCAGGUGCCUCCAGGGCCUGGCAACUCCACCCAGGAUAUUUACCAGGUGCCACCUUCUGCUGGGAUAGGGCACGACAUCUACCAGGUUCCUCCAUCCAUGGAUGCGCGCAGCUGGGAGGGCACGAAGCCGCCGGCAAAGGUGGUGGUGCCCACCCGCGUGGGGCAAGGCUACGUGUUUGAGGCCUCCCAGCCAGAGCAGGACGAGUAUGACAUCCCACGCCACCUGCUGGGCCCAGCGCCCCAGGACAUCUACGACGUGCCCCCUGUUCGAGGGCUGCUCCCCAGCCAGUACGGCCAGGAGGUGUAUGACACGCCUCCCAUGGCCGUCAAGGGCCCCAAUGGCUGGGACCCGUCCCUGGACGUGUAUGACGUGCCCCCCAGUGUGGAGAAGGGCCUGCCGCCGUCCAGCCACCACGCGGUGUACGAUGUUCCUCCAUCGGUGAGCAAGGACGUCCCUGACGGCCCACUGCUACGUGAAGAAACCUAUGACGUGCCCCCUGCCUUUGCCAAGGCCAAGCCCUUUGACCCAACCCGCCACCCGCUGGUCCUGGCCGCACCGCCUCCAGACUCCCCGCCAACUGAGGAUGUGUAUGACGUGCCGCCCCCUGCGCCCGACCUCUACGACGUGCCCCCCGGCUUGAGGCGGCCUGGCCCUGGCACCCUCUACGACGUGCCUCGAGAGCGGGUCCUUCCUCCUGAGGUAGCCGACAGCGGUGUGGCUGACGAUGGUGUGUAUGUGGUGCCCCCACCGGCCGAGCGAGAGGCCCCGACUGAGGCCAAGCGCCUGUCCGCUUCCAGCACGGGCAGCACUCGAAGCAGCCAGUCGGCAUCCUCCCUGGAGGCACCAGGGCCGGGCCGAGAGCCCCUAGAGCUGGAGGUGGCCGUGGAGGCCCUGGCCCGGCUACAGCAGGGUGUGAGUGCCACUGUAGCCCACCUCUUGGACGUGGCGGGCAGUGCCGGUGGGUGUGGGGGCUGGCGCAGCAGCACUGAGCCUCAGGAGCCCCAGGUGCCGGACCUGCGAGCUGCUAUGGCCGCCGUCCAGGGGGCCGUCCAUGAGCUGCUAGAGUUUGCCCGCAGUGCCGUGGGCAAUGCUGCCCACACUUCUGACCGCACGCUGCAUGCCAAGCUUAACCGGCAGCUGCAGAAGAUGGAGGACGUGUACCAGACAUUGGUGGCCCACGGUCAGACCUUCGACAGUAGCCACGGAGGCGCUGGGGCCACUCCCGAAGACCUGGACCGCCUGGUGGCCUGCUCACGGGCUGUGCCUGAGGACGCCAAGCAGCUGGCCUCCUUCUUGCACGGCAAUGCGUCGCUGCUCUUCAGACGGACCAAGGCCCCUGUCCCAGGGCCCGAGGGAGGUGGCCCCCUGCACCCCAACCCCACCGACAAGGCCAGCAGCAUCCAGUCCCGGCCCCUGCCCUCACCCCCCAAGUUCACAUCCCAGGAGUCACCGGACGGGCAGUACGAGAACAGUGAGGGGGGCUGGAUGGAGGAUUACGACUAUGUCCACCUGCAGUCUUUGUCUGCCCCCCAGGGGAAGGAGGAGUUUGAGAAGACCCAGAAGGAGCUGUUGGAAAAGGGCAACAUCAUGCGGCAGGGGAAGGGCCAGCUGGAGCUGCAGCAGCUGAAGCAGUUUGAGCGGCUGGAGCAGGAGGUGUCACGACCCAUAGACCACGACCUGACCAACUGGACGCCGGCCCAGCCCCUGGCCCCGGGGCGCACGGGGGGCCUGGGCCCCUCGGACCGGCAGCUGCUGCUCUUCUACCUGGAGCAGUGCGAGGCCAACCUGACCACGCUCACCAACGCGGUGGACGCCUUCUUCACCGCCGUGGCCACCAACCAGCCGCCCAAGAUCUUUGUGGCCCACAGCAAGUUCGUCAUCCUCAGCGCCCACAAGCUGGUGUUCAUCGGGGACACGCUGUCGCGACAGGCCAAGGCCGCCGACGUGCGCAGCCAGGUGACUCACUACAGCAACCUGCUGUGCGACCUGCUGCGUGGCAUCGUGGCGACCACCAAGGCUGCCGCCCUGCAGUACCCGUCGCCCGCCGCUGCCCAGGACAUGGUGGACAGGGUCAGGGAGCUGGGCCACAGCACCCAGCAGUUCCGCCGGGUCCUGGGCCAGCUGGCGGCUGCCUGAGAAUGGAUGACCUGAGGGAUGGAGGCCAGGGGAGGAGGGCGGUGAGGCCCGGGCUGCCCCGGGCACCCUCCCCAAGAGUCCUGGUGCUGCAGGCCGGGGGCAGGCAACCUCAGCUCCACCCAGGCCUGGUGCCCUGGAUGCCCAGGGAUCUGUACAUAUUUAUGACAGGGCAGGGUGUGGGCUCAGAGGGGCCCAAGCAGAGCUAGGCCUCCAGAGCUGAGGCCAAGGAGCAGGCUGGGGGGGCGUCCCCGAGUUCACUGUGGGCCUGGAGCGGGCCCCGACACUGAGCGGCCCAGCCAGGAGCACGCAGGCCCCCUGACCCACAGGGCCUUGGUGGCCCCUGUGGGCUGACCCCAUCCCCAUGGGGGUGCCAUGUCCCCGCCCCGCAGGGGUCAGUGCAGCUGUGAUGUGUCCCUUCUCAGCACCAGGAGAAAACCCUAAAAAACUAUUUUUCAUUAUUGACUUUCCAAUAAUUUGGCUAAUGGUCUACAUUUAAAUAAAAUUUUUAAAAAUGAUAAGCACUUUCC